AUGUCAUCUCCAUCUCCAUCCUCCCUCCCCCCUUCCGCCUCGCCAUGGUGGCCUCCCGCGGCCGCCCCGCCCCACGGCCGCCGCCAGCCCCGCGCCCUCCUGCGGCGGCCUGUCGCCGGCCCGCCAUCCUCCCUCCCUUCCCUUCCACCUCGCCAUGGCGGCCUCCCGCGGCCGCCCGCCCCGCCCCUUCCGCCUCCUUGCUGCUGCUCUGCUUCUGCCGGCGCGAGGGUGUGGAGGCCGGCGACGGCCAAAGGCGUGGAGGAGACCGGCGGGAGGUCUAGGCCGACCGUGGCGCUGCUCAGUGCAGCCAAGACGCUCGACGACGCGGCCGGCGGGAGCGAGGUCGCCGCGGUCGUGCAGGGGAGGGACGUGGCGCCGGAGCCGUCGAACUCGUGCGGGCGUCCGGCGGCGUCGCUCACCACCGCGUGCAGCUAG